AUGGCUGAAAUGAAGAACUUCACCUGGGCAGUGGAAGACAUCUUCAAGGACACCUUCCUCAACUACAUGAACGGCUGGAGGAGAAACAUGACGGAGGCAGCAAACAAACUGCAGGCCGAGGUGGCCGCCGAGAACUUCGACUACGUCAUCCUGUACCUGAUGGUGAUGAUCGGGAUGUUCUCCUUCAUCAUCGUGGCCAUCCUGGUGAGCACCGUGAAGUCCAAGAGGAGGGAGCACUCCAACGACCCCUAUCACCAGUACAUCGUGGAGGACUGGGGGGAGAAGUACAAAAACCAGGUGCUCAACCGGGAAGACCUCAAGUGUGUGAUCCAUGAGAAUCUGGGGGCAAGGGAUAAAGCAAGCCCUGAGUCACCCUGA